AUGAAGAGCCACUCUUCUCCUUCCUUAUGCUCUCCAUUCUUCCUCUGCGUCGCGGGUUCCUCCACCACUUCCACGACUCGUCGCGCCACCCUUGUGUUGCCAGUGCUCACCUCCGUCACUACUACCUCUGUCGGCGACACUGCUACCUCUGCCUCUACCUCCGACACUACUCCAGAUCGCGAAGCCCAAAAUCAGNGCCUCGCCUAUUUGCGUCAAAUCAGCACUUCCACGGCUUCUCCUUCCUCAGCUUCUCCUUCCUUAUGCUCUCCAUUCUUCCUCUGCGUCGCGGGUUCCUCCACCACUUCCACGACUCGUCGCGCCACCCUUGUGUUGCCAGUGCUCACCUCCGUCACUACUACCUCUGUCGGCGACACUGCUACCUCUGCCUCUACCUCCGACACUACUCCAGAUCGCGAAGCCCAAAAUCAGAAAAUCCCAAUUGGUCGUUGUUCAACCUCGCGAGUUCGUCUCCUCCGCCUCGACCACCAUCGGCGUUUCUCCCGCAACGGCGAGUGGGUGGCCUCCGCCUCGGCCACCAUCGUGCGUUUCUCCCCCAACGGCGAUUGGGUCACCUCCGCCUCGGCCAUCAUCGCGCGUUUCUCCCCCAACGGCGAUUGGGUCACCUCCGUCUCGGCCACCAUCGCACGUUUCUCCCCCAACAGCGACUGGAUCGCCUCCGCCUCCGGUACCGUCACGAUCUGGGGCACGCGAAACGGCCUUCAGUCCCGACGGCCUCCGCGAAACUUCUCUUUUGUUGAUGAUGUCUUUUGUUGA